AUGGGCAGCUUGAAAGAAGAGAGAAAGACUACAGGAUGGGCUGCCAACGAUCCUUCUGGCCUUCUCUCCCCCUACACUUUCACUCUCAGAAAAACCGGGGAAGAAGACGUGUUGAUCAAGGUCAUCUGCUGCGGUGUUUGCCAUACCGAUGUUCAUCAGAUCAAAAACGAGUACGGCACAUCCAAUUACCCAAUGGUUCCAGGGCAUGAAGUGGUGGGUGAAGUGGUGGAGAUAGGAUCGGAUGUUAGCAAAUUCAAAGCCGGUGACAUCGUCGGAGUUGGGCUUCUGGUGGGGUGCUGCAACAGCUGCCGCCCUUGUGAGGCGGAGGCGGAGCAAUACUGCAAGAAAAAGAUAUGGGCUUACAACGACGUGUACACCGACGGCAACCGCACCCAAGGUGGAUUCUCCGCCUCCAUGGUCGUCCACCAAAAAUUUGUGGUCAAGAUACCAGAAGGGUUGGCACCGGAGCAAGCAGCACCACUACUAUGUGCCGGGGUGACGGUGUAUAGUCCGCUGAGCCACUUUGGCUUGAAAAAAAGUGGGCUGAGAGGCGGCAUACUAGGACUUGGUGGGGUCGGACAUAUGGGUGUUUUGAUUGCAAAAGCAAUGGGUCAUCAUGUGACCGUCAUCAGCUCCUCUGACAAAAAGAGAGAAGAGGCUAUGAAUGUUCUUGGAGCUGACAAAUAUCUCGUUAGCUCAAAUACUGCUAGCAUUCAAGCAGCAGCCGAUUCACUUGAUUAUCUUAUCGACACGGUGCCGAUACACCACCCUAUGGACGAUUACAUUUCAUUGCUGAAGCUCGAUGGGAAGUUGAUCUUGUUGGGUGUUGUCAAUGUCCCUUUGCAGUUCUUCUCUCCUUUACUCAUGUCCGGGAGGAAAAUGGUCACAGGAACGUUUAUAGGUAGCAUGAAAGAAAUAGAAGAGUUGUUGGAGUUUUGCAAUGAAAAGGGGUUGAAAUCAAGUAUUGAAGUGGUGAAGAUGGAGUAUAUAAACACCGCCAUGGAAAGGCUGGCCAACAACGACGUUAGAUACCGAUUUGUGGUCGAUGUUGCUGCCUCCAACCUUCAAGAUUAGUAACAAAAUGAGAAGACACCGAUCGAGUGAUUUUGUAUGCUUUGUUUGAUAAAAU